AUGGUUCGAGGCGCUCCUUCCGGCGGUCGAGGGCGGCCUCGCGGUCGGGGUAGAGCCGCCGCUGCCAGUGCCAAUACUCGCGCCUCUACCUCAACGCCCACCGCUCCAGACCCGACCUCUGCAUCACCUUCGUCUUCCGCGACGCCCAUUCCCCGUCCAGCCACUACCGCUUCCGCUACGCUUCCCGAGUCAUCGAGCUCGAGCUCUACCAUCCAGACCCAGCCCCAGGCUUCAACUUCGACGAAUACGCGCGGAGCAUCCAAGACAGCGGGCUCCUCAUUGAGGCUACGACCCAAGGUUGUUCGAAGGAACGAAGAAGAGCGAGAGAAGCUUGCCCAGCAGGAGGCCAAGAAAGACUCCGAACGCGCCGCCGAGGAACGGAGGCUGAGAGGGCGACUUCGCUUCCGUGGUCGACGUGGUCGCGGUAGUCGAUUCAAUACCACCGGUCCCCGUAUCAGCAAAGCGGAGCCCUCAGCCUUAUUUGCGGGACAGCAAGGAGUUCCCGGCUCUUCACGUGGAGGAUUUGGCUUCGGCGGUGGCCAAGCCGGUUUCUUCCCCCGUGGCGGCGGACGAGGUCGUGGUCGCGGCUAUAACUUCGAGAGCAUCGAACGGCCCUGGGAGAUGCGCAUCAAUACCGACAAGCUCGGCUCAUCUACUCCCUCAUCUCAAGAUCAAGAAAACGCUGAGGAGGAGGAAAUGACCUUUAUGGCCGUCAACUCGCAGCCCGGACCGAAGCCCCUUGGCAUUGCCCGUAGGGAAGUAAAGGAACCCGAGACCGUCGUUGUCACAACCGCCGAGCUCGAGGCCCAGAUGAAGGAAGAAGAUGACGAGAACCUAUAUGUCGGAGACUCUCCCGAGAGUCCUCCCGCUAUGCCCCAAGCCGAUGACAAAGUCUGGUCUGCCGCGCCUGAAGACCACGUCCAGGUUAAGACCGAGGACGGCGAAUUGCGCAGCAUCAUCCCACCCCCCGGUGACAUCGACUUUGAUUCGAUGAGAAAGGUUCCCCUUCCCCAGCAUUCUGGGGACACUGGCUCGGAAGCUACAGGCGACGAGUCUAAACCUAUUUCUAUGACCGAUUCCGACGGAGCGAAGCCCUCGCGCAAGACUAAGAAGUCUGGAGCGCCUUUGACGGACGAGGAGGAAUGGAGACAAGAGUCUUACCAAUAUGUCCUCCGAACUCUGGCUGCCGCGUCUCUGCGUGAUAGUGACGCCGAGGAUGGUGCAGAGGACGAAGAAGCUGCCAACGCUCUUAACGAUCCCCAGCCAUUCCUCUGCAAGUUUGGCCCCAUCAUGCCUCCCCUACGUCCAAAAGUCCGUCCUGGUCCUCAAAUUAAGGAUGAACCCACGGAUACGGUGAUGCUCGAUCAGCCCUCCGUAGACCUAACCGGGGACACGACCAAGGCCAGCGACGAGAACGCGAACGCGGACGCAGAUAUUGACGAAUCUAACCCCUUCAAGUACGGCGGCUUCGUGGGCAAGCUCAUCAUUCGCAAGUCCGGCAAGGCCGAGCUCGACUACGGAGGCAUCAAGUACCGAAUGAGCCGCGGCAUCAAGUCUUCCGGUGUCACCUCGUACAUGCUUAUCGAGGAAGACGAAGCGAAGAAGGUCGGACAGGACCAGUAUGCCGGUCGCGCCAUUGCCAUGGGAACCCUCCUUGGCAAAUUCAACUUUGGACCGAUUUACGAAGAGCAGGAGGAGUGGGUCGUAGACGAGGAGGAUUUGAAAGCGCCAGCUGAGGAUGACGCCUAG